AUGGCCCGCCGGCCGCCACCGCCGCUGCCCGGCCGCCGCGUCAACCCAGCACGGGCGGCUCCGCCCCGGCUUGGCUCCGAAUCAGAGGCCCGAGAAGGAGAAGAGGCCGGAGCGCCUCUGGGGCGCAGGAAACGGCGGCGGAGGAACAUAGAGGGGGCUUGUGACUCCCCCUUCUCUCUUAUCCUUGCCAGCCCCACCUCAGUUCUCAUCUGUUGUCCUGGCUGGAAGCAAGAAGGCCGAGAGUGCUCCGUGACUGUGUGUGAAGGAGCUGCUGCCUGCCGAGAAGAGGAAGUGUGCGUGCAACCUGGUGUUUGCCGCUGCAAACCUGGCUUCUUUGGGGCCAACUGCAAUACACGUUGCCCUGACAAAUACUGGGGCCCCGACUGCAAAGAACGCUGCCUUUGCUAUCCUUACGGAAAGUGUAAUCCAGCCACCGGAGAAUGCACCUGUCAUCCUGGCCGCUGGGGGGCACUCUGCCAGUUUGCCUGCCAGUGCGGCCCCCACGGCCACUGCAACCCCCUCACCGGGACCUGCCGCUGCAAGCAAGGCUGGUGGGCGCCAGACUGCAGGAAGCAGUGCCUGUGCAACCUGGCCGGCUCGCGUUGCGAUCCAGCAACCGGCCGCUGCUUCUGCGACCCUGGAUGGUGGGGCAGGAAGUGCUCCUCUCCCUGCCACUGCAACCACUCACCCUGCGCCCAGGAGUCCGGCCGAUGUGAGUGCAGGGCAGGGGCGUGGGGGCCAUCCUGCCAGCAACAGUGCCAGUGCCUGCAUGGGACCUGCAGCCCCCAAGACGGACAGUGCGCUUGUGAUGCCGGCUACCGGGGCCAGAGGUGUACAGAUCCCUGUCCUGCCGGGACCUUUGGGCUGCAGUGCAGAUACAGCUGUGGCCACUGCCUGCAGAGACAGCCCUGCUCUCCGGUCGAUGGAUUCUGCCUGGCUUGUGAGGCCGGCUGGAACGGGACCCGCUGUAAUCAGCCCUGCCUGCCGGGGCACUAUGGGGAAAACUGUGCCCAGCUCUGCCCCCGCUGUUACCAAGGGGAGACCUGUCACCCCCAAACUGGGGAAUGCCAGAACUGCGAACCAGGCUUCCGAGGUGCCAGGUGUGACCUGCCCUGCCCCGCAGGCUUCUUUGGGAAGGGCUGCCACCUUGUCUGCCCCAGCUGCUUCAAUGGGAGUUGUGAUCCAGUGUCUGGGUCGUGUGUGUGCCAAGCCGGAUACUGGGGCACUAGCUGCAACCAGACCUGCCUGGAAGGGCAUUACGGGCGUAACUGCUCUGAGGUCUGCCGUUGCCCUGGGGGCCUGUGCCAUCCAUCUUCUGGGACCUGCCAGUGGAGAGGCCUGAGCCAAGAGGUUCUUCUAGGGGGCAUCCUGACCCCACUGCUGCUCCUCCUCCUGCUCUGCGUUUGCUGCUGCUGCUGCCGCUCAGCUCCAGGGGCCACCAGUGACAGGUAA